AUGUUAAGCCCCGAGAAGGCUCCUGUUCCCAAGUUCAGCCCAGAGAGAGCUCCUGCUCCCAAGCCAAGCCCAGAGAGGGUUCCUGCUCCCAAGCCAAGCCCAAAGAGGGCUCUUGUUCCCACGUCCAGCCCAGAGAGUGCUCAUGUUCCCACGUUAAGCCCAGAGAGGGCUCCUGUUACCAAGUCCAGCCCAGAGAGGACCCCUGUUCCCGAGUCAAGCCCAAGGAGGGCCACAGUUCCUGAGUCAAGCCCAGGGAUGGCCGCUGCUCCUAUUGACCCCUCCGAUGCAUCUGCCAGCUCCUCAUCACAAGACCCAAAUGAUUCUUCAUCUGUUGGCUCAUAUAUCAGCAAUGAUACCAUUGUCAUCUCCAGAGUCCUGGUCUUGCACUUGGCCUAA